CCUCCCAUACCUUUCCCCACUGCUUUCGACUCUUUAAAAGCUGCUGCCGGUCGUGUCUGGCAGCCUCAUUAUCCAUUUACCUUCGCUUGAAGGAAUUUCGAUCCACCUCUCGACACACUGCAGUCAGACGCUCUAACCUAAGACUCCUCAGUCAACAAGUCAGUUGUCCGAGACUGUUACUGCUAACAUUUAAUAGUUGGCAACUUUCAGAGUAAGAUGCUUCUGUAUUUAGACGUCCUGGCGCUGCUCCUCCUGCAGCCGGCUUUGUUGAGCUCAGCGGUGCUGACCACCCCGUCCAGAGGAUGUCCCACCUGUAAAUCACAGUCCACGCAGAGCCAGCCGACGGCAGAUUCAAAUUCCACCGCCCCGGCUGUUGGAGAACCAUGCGGGGUCUACACGGUGGGCUGCGCCGCGGGUCUACGUUGUGCACCUUCAGAGGAUGAGCCGAGGCCCCUGCGUGCCCUUCUGGAAGGCAGGGGAGUCUGCACCAAUGCCAGCGGCGUCGGACCGACUGAAAAUGUCCAGACUGUAGACCAAGCCACUACUGAGGAUCCAGAUGAGACGCCGUGUCGUAAACUGCUGACUUCACUUAUCAAAGGUCUUGAUGCCCAUGUGUUUAAGUUGCAUCACCAUAUGUACAUGCCCAACUGUGACAAACGGGGUUUCUUUCGGAAGAAGCAGUGUUGGUCGUCUCGAGGUAAGCGGCGCGGCAAUUGCUGGUGUGUGGAUCAGAACGGCAUGCCAGUCUCCUCCAGCACUAAACAGAGGGGAGGCCUGAGCUGUUCAAAUGCAUGAUGCCUGGACCGAAGCAGAGGAGGCUGGAGCUUCAUCACCGAUACGAGAUGAAGAUGAAGGAACACCAAUACAGAACGUAACUGAGCUCAAAGCAGACAGAAACAGCUCUCCAAAAAAAAGAAGCUGUUUCCAAAUCAGGUGUAACUUUGUAUGCCUGCGCCCUCUACUGAACAUAUUCAGAGUGUAAUGAUUAAACAUUACUGUCAGAUCAACUGAUAUGAGAUGUAAAAGAACACCAUAUCAAAUAUUUAUUGACAGGCGACUUUUUCCCCUGUAUAUAUAUGUAUGUUAUUUCCAGGCAUUGACCAGAAUCUUUAACAAUAUGAUUUGGAUCAUUGCAUCAUAAUUAUAUGUACGUUUUGUACUUUUUACGUUGAUUUAAUAACUGUAAUUGCUGUACAUAUUUCUAUAGAUGUAAUCCUAUUUAUGUUACAUUAAAUAUGAUAUUUAUAUUAAUAUUAUCUGAAUAAGGCAUUAUCAGUGGUUGGCCACUAGAGCAGCCAAGGUAUUAUUUUAAAAACCUGAAUUUCCAAUGCAGAAUUACAUGAGGGCAAUAUGAAGAAAAUGUGCCUCUUGAACACAAGAAUAAAUCUGACAUCCAGUCAAUAAAGCAAACAUGCUCACAAGAAA